AUGACCCAAGUCGCCAACUCUACAUUACUUGACCCUCAUGUCCCCCUGGUUUUACCAAAUGGACACCCUGGUGACUGGAACGAGAAGACACAGCAGAAUGCUUUGAAAAAGAGAAUAAGCCCAGCCUUAAAAACAACUUUGAGCCAUGCACUGGAAGAGCUAGAUACGCAAGCAGGCCAGUACGCCCGCUCUGGCUCAUCCGAAGCCCAGUAUGCAGACUCUGUGUACCAGGAAACCAUGCGCAACGGCAUGCUAUCCCUUCUCGGCGUGAUAGAAAUUCCCGAAAGUCAAGCCUGGGAAGAUGCAAUGGAGUAUUGUCGCGAAGUCAUUCGAUCUCCCCAAGACAAUGUGGAGCGCGCCGGCGCUGAAUGGUCCAGGUCAUAUUCAGAUGUUUGUCGCCAUCUUCUGAGUAGGUUCAGUCCGGGGAUUGUGGCAGCAGCGCGCAGUGGCUGCGAGUCAUUUGUUUGCGACCAUUAUCAAGGCAAUGCCCGGAGUAUCGCGCACGUGAACAAAGAAAUGAACAUAGUGCGCUUUCUCCCCUGCCACAACCCUGGCUUCGUGUUUCAUCCCAAGAAAAGUGUUCUCGCUGCUGUGUGCGGCGAGAUGACCGCGCGGUGUUGUUCGAUCGUGACAUCGGCAUGGCUGUCUCCUGAAGAGUCUAUUAAGUCUGGGAUGCUUUCCCAUGUGGCACUUUCUGAAGAAUACCCUGUCUCCACGGGGGCAGAAUCCAAAGUCAGGCUCUGUAUGGUUGCUCUUUCGGUCGGCGUCGCUUAUGAGGCUGGUGGACAGGUUGUCAAUGCCUUGGUGGAUGGAGCUGCCAUGCUAGCCGUUGGCACAGGCGACCAGAUGACAGUAGAUGCAGUCAGAGCCUGGAGAGCUGUCAGCGGCUGUACAACUCCGUACAGUAGCUACCUUUGGGGCGGGUCGUCGCUUAAGGAUGGACUCGUCGUGCCGGAAAUGAUCAUGGCGAUGCACGACCUUCUGGAUUGGAGAAGCGACAUGGCUGCCCGAAAUCAUGAGAACGGAGUCUCUGCUGUAUACGGACUGGGAUUCAAAGACGCCUUUCACACCUAUCUUGAGUCCACGUUGGAACGAGCGAGCUCGGAGCCACUUUCUGGGGCACAUGCAAUGGCUGGCGUGGUCUACUUGCAUUUCACAUCCAUUCGGUAUGGCUCCUAUAGGUACCGAGGAGAUAUCAAAAAACCUUGCCAAAUGUGCCAGCGGGUUUUAAGAAAUGUUACUGCGAAGGCAGGCCUUGAGUGGAAGCCAGUCCCUCCGCCGAGCAUCUGGAGUGCUGGCGAUAAGUUCCGCGAACUUAGCAAACGAGUGGUGGAUAGAUUCGAGGAGCAACCACUUGUGCAAAUUGGACUGAGUUGGCUUCAACACCUAGUUGUCAGUGGAGAGAUAGGGCUUUUUGAUGCUCUUGUCCGGAUGAAGACUCUGGAUUCAAGGGCGGAAUGA